UUUUUUCCGCGAAAGUUUGCGGUGUCCCCGCCCCGGGGCGGCCGUCGGCCGGGCCUGGGCGCGCGCGGCGCGGGGUGCAGCUCGGCGGCGCCUCCAGGGGCAUGCCCACGCUGGAGCCCGUGAGCCGGGGGGCCGCUGCCCGGCCAUGGCGCGGCCUCUGAGCGACCGGACCGCCGCCCCCGUGCUGCCGGGCGCCGGGGCGCCGCUGGGGCUGCGCGGCCUCCUGCAGGGCCCCGGCAAGCCCCGGGAGCCGGCCGGCUGUCUCCUGAAGGAAAGGGAGCGCAAGGCGGCCCCGCCGGGCGCCCCGGGCCUGGAGCCGGCACCGGCGGCGGCAGCAGCAGCGGCGGGGGCCCCGGCCGAGGCGGCCGUGCUGGGCGGCGGAGGAUCCCCGCGGGGCCGCCCGGGGCCCGCGGCCGGCCCGAGCCUGCUGGCGCCGCUGCUGUGGGAGCGCACGCUGCCCUUCGGCGACGUGGAGUACGUGGACCUGGACGCGUUCCUGCUGGAGCACGGGCUGCCGCCCAGCCCGCCGGCCCCCGCAGCCUCCCCGGGGCCCGGCUCGUGCGGCUCGGCUUCCCCGCGCUCCUCGCCGCGACGCGCCCCCGCCGGCGGCCAGCGCGCAGGCCUGACCUCUCGGGACACACCCAGCCCUGUGGACCCAGACACGGUGGAGGUACUGAUGACCUUUGACCCCGACCCAACUGACCUGGCCUUGUCAAGUAUCCCCGGCCAUGAGACCUUUGACCCCCGGAGGCACCGCUUCUCCGAGGAGGAACUGAAGCCGCAGCCAAUCAUGAAGAAGGCGCGGAAGAUCCAGGUGCCAGAGGAGCAGAAGGACGAGAAGUACUGGAGCCGAAGGUACAAGAACAACGAGGCGGCCAAGCGGUCCCGCGAUGCCCGGCGGCUCAAGGAGAACCAGAUCUCGGUGCGGGCGGCCUUCCUGGAGAAGGAGAACGCCCUGCUGCGCCAGGAGGUGGUGGCUGUGCGCCAGGAGCUGUCCCACUACCGCGCAGUGCUGUCCCGCUACCAGGCGCAGCACGGGGCCCUGUGACCC